AUGACCCCACGGUCUCCCACACAACAACCACAGCCAAAGACGACCACAAUCUCACGACGACUUAGAAACCGUGCCGACCAGCAUCUUUCUGUCCAGCCUCCCGAGCUACCGCAGCUGCGGGGUCUUCGCUCUCGCCGCGCCGCAACUCUACCUUCGAACCGCCGCACAUCAACCAGCUACCCUGUCCAAGAGGCGUACCUCAACACCUGGAACGCCAACCUAGACAACAUCUUGCAACGCAGUACCACUUCUCAUCCAGCCGAUCUAGCGCAUUCGAACCUGCUUCUCCAGGAGGCUCUUGAUAUCGCAACUUAUCAGUCGCCUAGCGACGCAUCCACUGCGCUAGUGUCCAUCCAACCAGGCGAGCCUGAAAGCUACCAAGUCCAACCCAGUUCUCCUGCCGACCUUCUCCCUUCACCACUGCCCUCGCUGUCAGGAAGUCAUACGGCGACUGAGUUCGACUAUUCCGAAUCACCCCACGAUCCUUCACUUGAAUUACAAGACAUGAGCACCCUGGGGUUCAUGAUGGCGCCUGCACCGUAUGGUAUGGAACACCACUAUGGGUCUCCUCCCAACAUGGAAUCGCCGAGUAAGCAGUGGACCCCACCCCAGUCUUACACCGAUACUAAAUCAUCCACAUCAGCCUCAUAUGCCCCAACUUACACCGCCAGUCCCAGCAUGCAUGGGCAACCUCAAUCAAGAAGAUCCACUGAGUCUUCAGUAAUGCCGCCUUACCAACCCUCACUGCCGCGAAGUCCCUACCAGCAAUCAAUGGGACCAACGCGCACAAGUCCGACGCCCAUGAAUUACGGACCCAAUUCUGAGCCAUCACCGAUGCUCAGCUCAGCUCCCCAGGCAUACUCGUACCCUGCGGUACAUUCAUCUCUCCCAGCUGCGGCAUUAGGUAGCAAUACUCCAAAUUACCCACCGCCUCCGCUAUACCCACCAAGCAGUUACGGCAUGAGCGACUACACACCUCUUCCGACCACGUUAUACCCAUCUACUACUUCACCAGCACCUUACCCUUCCUACGAGCACUCGCCUCACCUAGCACCGCACAGCGCUGGAGCCAUUCCUGGAUCCACACCCAGCCAGAAUCAAACAAAUGGACCCAUGCCGCGGAUUCUGAACUCGCGACCAAAACCGCAAUGUUGGGAGCACGGUUGCAACGGGCGUCAGUUUUCCACAUUUAGCAACCUCCUCCGACACCAGCGCGAGAAGUCUGGAACAGCUGCAAAGAGCUACUGUCCACGAUGCGGUGCCGAGUUCACGCGCACGACGGCCAGGAAUGGCCACAUGGCUCAUGAAAAAUGCAAGGCACGACGGACGUCAGAUUCGAAUCGGUAA